AUGACGUUUCAGCUACGAAAUCCCCAUUUAGGUCGAGGCAUCUUCAAUGAUAUGAAGGCUCGGGCUAGGGUGUAUGUCUCCGAUUUCAAAGAUGCCUACAACUACAGGGUUAUACCCUCCGUGGUUUUCAUAUUCUUCACCAACAUCCUACCGGCUAUAGCCUUUGCCCAAGAUAUGUUCGAUAGAACCGACAACGCUUAUGGCGUUAAUGAGGUGCUCAUGAGUUCGGCAAUCGCCGGAGUGGUGUUUGGUCUAUUUUCCGGUCAACCAUUGUGUAUCGUGGGUGUAACAGGACCGAUCGCUAUCUUCAGCUAUACGGUUUACGAUAUCAUCAAGGAUAGAGGAACUCCGUAUUUUCCGUUCAUGUGCUGGAUUUAUCUUUGGUCUAUGGUGAUGCACUUCAUCAUCGCAAUCCUCAACUGGGUAACGUACUUGAAGAUCAUUUCAAACUUUUCUUGCGAGGUCUUUGGAUUCUUUAUCUGUGUCAUUUAUUGUCAGAAGGCCGUGGCCAUAUUGAGUAAUCAAUUCAGCGACAUGGGAGCUGCUUCAGGAUUCUGUUCGGUGAUGAUCGCACUUCUCAUGGUCAUCUUUGGCCUUGGCUCUACAAUUUUUGGCUCGACCCUUCACUAUUUCAAGGCCCCAAUAAGAAAGCUUUUUGUUGACUACGGUGUACCCUUGGCCGUAAUCUUCUUCAUUGGUUUUAUUCAUUUUGGUGGCUGGUUGGACAAUGUCGAUCUUGCUCGUCUACCGACUACUAGAGCAUUCCAGCCCACAAACGAUAGUGCUGCGCUUGGUAGAGCACAUGGCUGGUUUAUUCAUUUCUGGCCCAACGAACAUAUAUCUGUGGGUGAUAUGUUUUUGGCUCUACCUUUUGCACUAUUGCUUACUUUCUUAUUUUACUUCGAUCACAACGUCUCGUCAUUGAUGUGUCAGCUGAAAGAAUUCCCUUUGAAAAAACCAGCAUCAUUCCAUUGGGACUUUAUGCUCUUAGGAUUAACAACUGGAGUUGCUGGCCUCAUAGGAAUCCCAGCCCCCAACGGAUUGAUUCCACAAGCACCACUCCACACUGCAUCAUUAGUCGUGGAGGACUUCAAAACUGGCCAGCCGGUCUCGGUUGUGGAGCAGCGCUUCACCAACACCGCACAAGGAGCUGCAACCUUCGUGUUGAUGAGUGGGCCCUUUCUUGUUGUGUUGAAUCUCAUUCCUCAAGCAAUUUUGGCAGGACUCUUCUUCAUUAUGGGAAUCAAUGGCUUACAUGGCAAUAUUAUUGUCAACAGAAUCAGAUUCAUUUUCUUAGAUGAACAGUACAUUAUUCAUGAUCCACAAUGUCCUGAAUACUUCAAGGCCAUGCAUGCCAUUCCGAAGGAAAAGCGUAAAUGGUUUUAUAUUUAUCUUGUUUUGCAACUCAUUGCAGGAGGUGCUGAAAUUGCCAUCACAUUGACAGAAGGUGCAAUCGGUUUCCCGGCCGUAUUGGUUUUCUUCGCCUUAUGUGCCAAAUAUGUCUGGCCUUUAUUUAUACCCAAGGAGGAUUUGGAGUAUCUUGAUGGUGCCGUCGCAGAAGACUUUAUUAUAAAGAGUCUAGACGUUCAUCCCAAGGCACCCGAGGAGAAGUUCAACGAGUUUUCAGAUUCGACAACAGCGUGA